AGGCCCCAUAAUCUCCAACCUGGCCUUGUCACCUACCUUGUUUCAGUCCCAGCUAAUCUGUAUUUUAGAUCAUCACCAUCUGGGCAGCGGCAUCCUGUUGCAGUUAUUGCUGAGAGAGUGUCCUCUGCUGCUAUUUCUAAAGCAAGGACUGAACACCCAAUGAGAAUUGUUCGUGGAGAAUUGGACAUUACUUUCCCCUCAUCUGCCCCUUUCAAAUUUGAUGUGAGUGGUUUUACCAUCUAUUAUUUCCUAGAACAUUCUUAUGAACUUCAGCUCCAAAUAAAAUCACUGGCUAUGCAGGUUAUUUUGUAACCUACUAAGUACUGACCUACAAUAAUUAACUUCAGUUCUUGGUGAUGCAUUGAGAUAGACUCUCCAUCUGAAAGUAGAUUAUUUUCUUAUGUAAAUUCACUGCUACAAGGUUGAGAAUUGAUUGGUUUCUAGUCAAGUGAUCAGAUCGUUUGUAUUUCUUGAUUUUAAUCAUUUGCUGGCCUCUUUUAUAUGUGCACGUUACAUUUCGAGACUGAUGAUAUCUACAUACAAAGUAUGGAAAGAUUAGGAUGAGGAUCCAACGCGGGGUGUGAAUUUUAAGUAUGGAAUCAUGUUGUGGCCCAUCUCUUUACAUCAUUAGGGAUGCCAAGCUUGCGGAGAAGCUGCUAGUUGAGGCAAUUUUUGAAAACGUUGAGGGAGAUUCAUUUGUGAUUGACAUUAAUUUCACCAUAAGGAGUACUGGCAAACAACCCUAUACUGCUCGCACUACCUUUUACACUUCACAAGAUCCGGAAUGGUACCAAAGGUGGUUUUAGACUAGCAUACAGUUGUACAGGGUUUAAACUAUGGUAGUGUAUGUGGUAGUUAUAGUGGAGGAGCCUCCAAACUUUAUUGUCAACUGCUUAACCGGCUGAUGGAGACGGUAUCUGUUUAAUCUUUAUCUUCAAUGGUGAACCUUGUAAUGGAGAUGGCAUCUUUUUAAGCUUUAUCUUCUGCUUAAGCUUUAUCUUCUGCUUAAGCUUUAUCUUCUGCUUAAGCUUUAUCUUCUCCUAUUAAGGGCUUGUUUGGUUUAA